GCCGUGGAGCUACAGUCACGGGAUGCGCUCAGUUCAUAGACCGUAGUGUGGCGAGCACAUCGGAAUAACUUCAUAUUUCAUUCGUUGUCUUUUGGAUUAGGGGAAAGAUUCGCUGGACAAAAUGGGGAGCAAGCUUACCAUCACUUCAUUAGUUGUCGCGUUAUUGUGUACGACUGUUUGCUGUAUUGUCUUAGUUAUUUACGUGGCUGUUGUGAGCCAGAGGUGUCAGGAUGGGGAACCUCCUGCCACGGACGAGGAAUCAGUAGAGCCUUCGUGCAGGACAGAAAAAGUACAGGAAAAAUCAUGCAAUACACCUCAGUGUCUCCGCGAUGCUGCAAGGGUUCUAGAAGGUAUGAACCGGGAUAUGGACCCCUGCGAAAACUUUUACGAGUUCGCCUGCGGACGUUGGCCGGGGACCCCGGACGAUCAUUCGGGACAGCCCUCGUCCGCGUUUGGGGAAUGGCACAGCAUGGUCAGAGUUGACCAGCGAACCCUAGAGAAAUCUCGGCGGCUCUUGGAGUUACCAGUUUGUAGGGUUGCGGAUACUUCUGCUGAGAGGAAGGUGAAGGAUUACUAUGGGUCGUGUGUGUCCCGGGAAGAGACAGAGAAAGACCAACUCGAAGCAAUUCAGCGCCUGCUUCGUAAACUCGGUGGAUGGAACACCACUGGUGAACAAAUAAAAUUGUCAGACGCGGGAUGGGAUCCGGACUCAUGGCGAUUCGAGCGGGCGCUCAAGGUCAGCACAUUCGACCUGUUUGCUCCGCCACUGUUCACAGUGACAGUUGCGCCAUCCUACCAGGCCGGUCCAUCCACUCAAGGAUUAUUGAUUACACCCCAGGACAGGUGCAUCACCAAAGUCUUCCACAAUAUCAAGGCCUUCCGUCGAUUCCUUCACGAGGUCGGCAAAGCCAUCAACGGCAAAAAUGAAAUCCACAGAUUUGUGGAAAACGUCAUCGAGGCAUACAAGGCAUUUUGCUUCACCUCAACGGAAGCUAGAAAUGUCGCUACAACAGUCGGCAAGUUGACGAGUAUAUUCAGCACUAAACGAAGGGCAAAAACAGAGAUUGAUUGGCGCAAGUUCCUGACCCAUCGUUACGAAGCAGUGAAGGAAACCGCAGACAUCCCUGUACAGAUCCUAGAGAAGGAGAAAAUAGAUCAUAUGAUAAACACAGCCAUCGCUAUGGAAGAAAGGCAACUUCGAGACUUCUUGACCUAUGUGUUUGUUGAGGAACAUAUCGAUGUGAUGCCUGUUUUCAUAAAACAGAGCUACUAUGACGUCAAAGGCGACACAAUGCCUCCCAGAACUGAUGAUGUACGAAAUUGGAAAAACUGCUUGUUGACGUAUUUGGACAGGUCUCUAAAACUACCACUGGUGGCCGAGUUGGACCAGCAGAGAAGGCAUCCAGUCGUCUCAGAUAAGAAUUUGAAAAGGAUGACAGCUGAUAUUCGAGCCGCGGCGAUUGACCGAAUCAGCCGUCUACCCUGGAUGGACGACGAGAUCAAGGGAGAAAUAAAACGAAGGAUGGACAAGAAGCUUGUGAUGUUGAAUGCCCCCGAAUGGAUCUUAGACCAUGAAAAGAUGGACUUUUUCUUUGCCACGCUUGAAGUUAACCGGUCCGCUCCAUUCAUUGAGAAUUUCAUCAGUGCCAAGCGUUUCAACGAUAUUGUGGAAGCGACAACGUUGAUAGACAGUGACAACUUGGAUUGGCUCAGUUUUCUAAGACAACCACAUUCCAUUUUUACAAGCGCAGAGAAUCUCGUCCAGUACAAUGCAUUUGCCCUUUUCCCUGCAUUGUUCAGGGCACCUUACUACCACAAGUCAUCGCAAGAGUUUAUGAAAUACAGCGGUAUAGGGAUUGUCAUCGGUAAUGAAUUUGGGAGAGAUUUUGAAGGAUUUUCCCUCCGUGCCACCAACCUAAGCAAGAUAGAAGGACUGGAGGAAAAGGAACGAUGUAUGAGAAAAUAUUACAGGACGCUUGUCUAUCGAGGAUACAAGUCUCCUGACGUUUAUAUGCUAGGUACAGCAGAUGUGGCGGGCCUGAAUUGGGCAUAUGAGGCAUACAGAAAAUCAGUGCAGCGUCCGAAUGACCAAGUGUUCUCUGUCCUUCCCUACACCCAGGAUCAACUCUUUUUCAUCAACGCAGCACAGUUACUUUGUCGACCAAGGGAUCCAACGAAUAAAGAUUACAAGGCAGACAACGAAAUACGCGUCCUCGGGAUGAUAUCGCAGACCAAACACGCUGGAAAGGUUUUCGAAUGUCCGCAGGGAUCGGCGAUGUACCCACUGCUGACAUGUGGAACGCUCUGAAACUGACAACGGAAACUCACAGCAACAACACUUACAAAUUGCUUCCCUUUGGGAAGUUGUGCACUGAGGAUGGAAGGCCAUUCGACUGAGUGAAGAAGUUUUCUAAAUUGCAUUUUUUUUCUCGGAAAAUAAAGGUUAAUCCCUUCUUUCAUGUGAACAAGGGUAUCGUUUUUCAACAUUGUAGGUGACGUUGAUUGAAAAUUUUCUCAAAACUUCUGGCGUCAGUUUAUGUUUUUUCUUCACGACUCGGUGAUUUUGCAGGAUCUUGUAGGGGAGGGGGUAGACUACGUGUACUUCUUAUGCCUCAUCCAUUGUAAACUUCAGCUUGAGCUGCUGGAGUAAGCAUUUAUCUGCGUCCCGUUGGAAGAUAUAUGAACAAAAACCCGCAAAAAGCAACAGUGCCGAGCAUAUGCCGCAGCAAACAAUUCAGUUCGAGAUGGAAAUAUAGGCCACCUAGUUGACAAGACAAAGGUACUGAUUGAUACAGGUAAUGCACAGGAGUGCACAGACCGUGACAAAGAAAGAGAGAGAAACCGCCUGAAUUGACUUAAAGAUGAUGACACUGCACGAAUAAAGAUAUGGUUCGUAGUUGGAUGCGGAGAAUCUGAAGUAUCAGACACCAAAAGCAUAAUAGCAAUAUGGGUACUGUGCACUUAAACCGCCACUUAAAAAUUUCGGAGUAAGGAGUAAUUUUUGAAUAAUGACUUAUAACUCUCAAUGCUUUUGUAAAUAGAUACAAGAGUUUACAAUUUAUACUUUAUGCAUAAUGUAUAUUAACCUUAGGCUAUGUAUGGGCACUAAGAAUACACGACUUAGUAUGUAUGUAAUGUACAAAUAGGAAUAAUAUAGCAAUAACAUGACGUGACACUGCGGACCAGUUUGGGACUGUUCAUCUUUCUGCAUCUUACUUUGCGAAAUUGGGGUCUGGGGAAUACUGUGACAAACUACAUGCAAUGUAUAUACUUAGUAGUUUAUUUGCAGAAAUGUAAAUCUGAUCGAUUCGAUUUGACAAGUGGAUAAGAUCAUAAUGAUUAUUGCGCCAGAUUCGUUCGGGCAAUAUGUAAAUUUGAAAUUUGAAAGUUUCCAAUUACAUUUACCUGAACACACCUUGAACAUAAAACUCAACACUGCUGUUGCGUACAAAGAUAUAACGGAAAAACAGUAUUCAUGACGAUAUUUCCAACGCCCUGGCAUGUCUAGUUUAUAAUAGUGGUACAUGUACUUCUAUAACCAUGUUUAUUUUUGAUUACCAGCGGGUCACAUGUAGAAAAUGUUGGGGAACAAACCUAGCCUUUAAGUGAUUCAGAAACACAUGUAUAUAUUUACUGUAAAAUAAACAUAUGCU